UCAGCCUACUUGCAGCAUUUGAUAUUGAUAUUGAUAUUGAUAUUGAUAUUGAUAUUGAAUAUAUGUAGCAACGAACCAUCACCCCCUUUAGAAAACAAUACUUUAUUUUCUUUCUUUCUUCACUCAUUUUAAUCUCCGCCUACAGUCUAUCAGAAAGCCAAGCUCUUUUUCAAUUCUCAUUCAAGCAUCUCCCACCUGUUCAAGCUCAUCGAGAUCUACUCAGAUCUGUAUGAUACUGAUUGUGAAAUUAUAGUGUAGAUUGGAUGUUGUGCAACUGUUGGAGUUAGGUUAUAUUCAAGAUCAAGUUGUUUUGUUGGCUUUAUAUUGCAAUGGCUUCUUCUGAGAAGAGGGCGCUGCAAAUGAACUGGGUUUUCUUGAGCUUGUUCGUGUUUCUAUGUGUUUGUGAUGGGUUUUAUUUGCCUGGGACUUACAUGCACACAUACUCCAAUGGCGAUGAAAUAUAUGCGAAAGUGAAUUCACUGACCUCCAUUGAGACUGAGCUUCCCUUUAGCUAUUACAGCCUUCCGUAUUGCCGGCCACAUGAUGGAGUCAAGAAAAGUGCUGAGAAUCUCGGGGAGCUUCUCAUGGGAGAUCAGAUUGACAAUUCUCCGUACCGUUUUCAGAUGAAUGUUAAUGAGACGGUUUUCUUGUGCAUCACUAGUCCUCUUACUGAGCAGGAGGUGAAACUAUUGAAACAGAGAACUCGUGAUCUAUACCAGGUGAACAUGAUGUUGGAUAAUCUCCCUGCAAUGAGAUAUGCAAACCAAAAUGGUGUGAAGAUUCAAUGGACUGGGUUUCCUAUUGGUUACUCUCCAGCUAACAGCAAUGAUGAUUACAUUAUAAAUCAUCUGAAGUUCAGGGUUUUGAUUCAUGAGUAUGAAGGGAAUAAUGUGGAAAUCAUUGGUACAGGGGAGGAAGGUAUGGGUGUAAUCUCAGAAGCUGACAAGAAAAAAACAUCUGGUUAUGAGAUUGUUGGUUUUGAGGUUGUUCCCUGCAGUGUAAAGCAUGAUCCUGAACUGAUGUCAAAGGUUCACAUGCAUGAAAACAUUAGUUCGAUCGACUGCCCCAUGGAUCUUGAAAAGUCUCAGAUCAUACGAGAGCAAGAGAAAGUUGCAUUUACUUAUGAGGUUGAGUUUGUGAAAAGUACUACUAGAUGGCCAUCUAGAUGGGAUGCUUACUUGAAAAUGGAAGGUGCAAGGGUGCAUUGGUUCUCGAUAUUGAAUUCCCUCAUGGUGAUCUUCUUCUUGGCUGGCAUUGUGUUUGUAAUAUUUUUGAGAACGGUAAGACGAGAUCUAACCAGGUAUGAGGAACUAGACAAAGAAGCUCAAGCGCAAAUGAAUGAGGAGCUAUCAGGAUGGAAGCUUGUUGUGGGUGAUGUGUUUAGAGAACCUGACCACCCUAAGUUAUUGUGUGUCAUGGUUGGAGAUGGUGUCCAGAUUACAGGAAUGGCUGCUGUGACUAUUGUUUUUGCAGCUCUUGGUUUCAUGUCUCCAGCGUCUAGGGGAAUGCUAUUAACAGGGAUGAUAAUUCUCUACCUUCUGCUAGGAACUGUUGCUGGCUAUGCUGGUGUAUAUCUAUGGAAAACUAUCAAAGGAACAUCAGAUGGUUGGAGGUCAGUUGCCUGGUGGAACGCUUGUUUUUUCCCUGGGAUUGUCUUCGUCAUCCUUACUAUAUUAAAUUUCCUUCUUUGGGGAAGCAAGAGUACUGGUGCUAUUCCCAUCUCUUUGUAUUUUAUUCUCCUCUCUCUCUGGUUCUGCAUUUCAGUGCCCCUCACUAUGUUUGGAGGUUUUCUUGGAACCCGAGCUGAGCCUAUUCAGUUUCCUGUGCGAACUAAUCAGAUUCCAAGGGAAAUUCCUGCUCGAAAAUAUCCUUCAUGGUUGCUUGUUCUUGGUGCUGGUACCCUUCCAUUUGGGACCCUGUUUAUCGAGCUUUUCUUCAUCUUGUCCAGCAUUUGGCUCGGAAGGUUCUAUUAUGUGUUUGGUUUCUUGUUCGUUGUUCUCACGUUGCUGGUGAUUGUUUGUGCUGAAGUUUCUGUUGUCCUGACUUACAUGCAUCUUUGUGUUGAAGAUUGGCGAUGGUGGUGGAAAGCAUUUUUUGCUUCGGGCUCUGUUGCUCUUUAUGUCUUCCUUUACUCCAUUAAUUACUUGAUUUUUGACCUCCAAAGUCUCAGUGGACCUAUUUCAGCCAUUCUCUAUCUGGGCUACUCCUUGGUUAUGGCAGUUGCAAUUAUGUUGUCUACCGGCACCAUUGGAUUCCUCAUGUCAUUCUACUUUGUCCAUUAUCUGUUCUCAUCAGUAAAGAUUGAUUGAAGUUUAUAUUUGAUGAUUGCUAUUCUAUACGGAAUUAUCUGCAAGACUCAAGAGGAGAUUUUGUUGUCCAGUUUGCUCACAUCUGUCAAAUAUACUCCGCUGGAUGGGCAGAACAUGGUUACACUAGUUGGAGGAUCAUUUAGUAGCUUUGGAAGACACAAAGUAUGGUCGCCCGCUCUCUUUCAAUUUAGCCUGUAUUUUUCCCUUCCCUUUUCCCUCUUUCACUUAAUAUGAUCAUGCACAAGAAUUUUUCAAUUUUGAGAUGCAUUCUCACUAGAUGUCCUCGUUUAUAUGCCAGUUUCUACAGGCAGAGGUGUAUUCGAUUGGACGUAUUUUGAAUUUGAUUGAUUACAUACAUGUUUAGACCAAA